AAUGACACGUAUUACAAGUGUACUCCUACUCUCACUAUUGCUUGUUUCAACAUAAGCUUACUUUUAAGAUAAAGAACAUAGAGAAGAGGCUAAGUCAUUCUUUUUGAAUUUUAUAAAAGAAUUUACAAAUGAAUAUACCGCUUUAUCUGCUGAAGGUUUGGAUUAUAUGGGAGCUAUGAAAUUGGCUUUAGAUUAUUGGAUUACAUAAAUAAGGAUUCACAAUUUUGCUGAAUUAAAAGUAUAUAAAUAAAGAAAUAUAAUAAGGUUGAUUUUGAUGUGAAUCAUGACAUUUUAGAAAUAUCAGCACCUACUUUUAAUAUUGAUCUAAUAGUAGAAAAUAAAUACACAAUUCCAAUAAAAAUAGAAGAGUAUUUAAGCAUCAAUAUUUUAGUUUGUUUGUUUCUAUUAUUUUUAAUAUUGGUCCAACACAUUUCAGAUGUUAAGAUGUCGAAAUUGAUUAUGCCUCUGUUUCUUUGGAUGUAAAUGUAGUAAUCGAAUAUAUAACAAAACAAUUAUUAUCAUUGGAUAUUAUCAAAUCUGCAAUCAAGAAAUCAGAGACUCCACUUAGAAAUGUUAUAAUCAAUGCUAUUAGAGUAUUUAAUUAAUUCAAAUAAUAAAGAGCAACCAUUAAAGAUUACAUGGAUUAAUAAAUGAAUUGAGAUCAGGCUCAUUUAAUCCAGGAGUACUUAUAGCCUAAUUACCUAAUGUUCCAUUUACCAGAGUAGAAAAUGGAGAAUAUAUUAUUAAUAUAAGAUAAAUUUUCAGUUUUGAAUCUUAGAAAGAGAAGGAAAAGAAGGAUGAUCUUUGA